UUUCCUCCUUUGUGCCUCCAUUAAUGGAAGUUGAAGAAUUCCUUAACCUCUUUGAUUUUCACUGGUUUCAAUCCCAAAUACUCAAACCCAAACACCCCUUUUCUACAACCCCAAUUGUUGAACCCAUCAAACAAAUUCUUGAAGAAACCCCAAAACUUUCAAGAACUCCAACUUUUAUGGUCAGAUCUCAGAGUGACCACUGUUUGAUCUCUAAAGAUUACACCUUUGAUAGUAUUUCAGAGAAAUCACAAUCCCCAUCUCCAAAAUCUGUUCUUGAAGCUAAACUUCAGCCAAUUCUGUCUGGUAAAGAAUACAAUGAGCUCAAAUUUUCCCCUGAAGCAGCUGUUAAAAACAGAGCAAAUGUAAGAAGCAGAAAAAAGAGAAGUAAAAAUAGUAAAAGUUUAUCAGAGCUAGAAUUUGAGGAGCUAAAAGGGUUUAUGGAUCUUGGAUUUGAGUUUUCAGAUAAGGAUAAAGAUUCAAAUUUGGUGUCAAUAAUUCCUGGAUUGAAGAGAUUAGGAAUGGAAAAUGAAAGGGGUUUUGAUGAAAAUGAUGAAAGUGGAGUUUCAAGACCUCAUCUUUCAGAAGCAUGGGGUGUUUGGGAAGAAAAGAAAAAAAUGGAGGACUGGAAAAAGAAUGCAUUGAAAAGUUGGAAGAUUAAUUCAGAUUUUGGAAAUGAAAUGGAAAUUAAAGAUCAGUUGAAGUUUUGGGCUCAUACUGUUGCUUCUACGGUUAGAUAGUAACCAGAUAUGUCGGGUUCGAGUCUUGGAUACGAGAAAAGUUUUAAUUGAGUGUUACCCUUAAAAUAGGUUCUGUAAUGUGCGAUUUAAUGAGAGCGAACUCUAAUACGAGUAUCGAACUUCGAGUUGAAACCAAAAACCAAAAAAUAGUUUCAAGAAGAUGAGAUGGGAUUACUUUUUCUUUUGUUGAUCUAACUGUAAUAUAUUUGUAUGGCUAAAUUUCUCCACUUAAUCAUAGAAAGCUUUUUAUUUACUA